AUGGCUGUCACCUCCUCGUCGUCCAUACCGCACGGCGCGCACCACCGGCGCGUGUGGUCGCUGAUCUGCUGCCGCAACCCCGCCACGCGCUCGUUCUACGGCGACGACACCGACACGGAGAGCAGCACGCGCGGCGACGCGCAACCCCCAGCAGCGGGCGCGGAGAAGCCAGCGGAGCCGGCGCAGCAAGUGCGGGGAGACGACGAUGGCACUCCGCUGCUAUCGUUGAAGGGAAUGGCGGAAGGCGCAGGUAUUGGGGGUGCGUCGCGCGCGAUAUUCGCAGCAAGAGAGGUGGAGCCGUCGGUUACGUCAUUCGGCGCGCCGAACGGCCAGUAUGGAGCAGGUCUUACGUCAUCAUCCGACCUGACUAGUAGCGUAUCCACGUCAGCGCCGCACUCCGCGAUUAGCGCCGCGGGUUCCCCCUUUCGAGCCCGGCGCUCCGCUUCCCGAGAGUCGACCGCAUCUGGCGAUGCCACGUCACCGCCGGAAAUUAUGGACAUGUGGAAGAGCCUCGAAGCCUCGACAUCGCCUAAGAGCAAUUCCUCCGCGCCUCGCAAGAUGCGCGCCGCGCAUUCCGGCGACGCCUCGUUUCUCCCCUUGCACCGCGCGGCUGUGCGAGUGGAAGUUCCGCAUUCUCCGGCGCAUUUCUCCGAUUCCACCGUUUCGCCGACAAACUCCGAGGCUGGCGUGCCACGUACUCCGGGCGGCACUUAUUUGUCGUUUUCUAGCGCCCCAUCUCCCCGCACUCUGCAAUGCGCGUACUCGCUACAAACGGGCGCGCUUAUCGUCACGCCCAGCCCCUCAAAUUGGGCGGCUAUUGGCGGAAACAGCGGAGCGCGGGAGAGCGAGAGGCCGCACACUUCGCCGGGGGGAACGAAGAGAACGGGGGGAAUAGUGGGGUGGGAGCAAGAGGCGCUGCGAUGGGAAGAGGCGGAGCAGCAGCGGCUGCGCAUGGAGGGGGAGGUGCGCGGAAUGGUUGCGCACCUCAUGGGGGAGCUGCGCGCGGUAAGGGGGGCGGCGCAACAGCUGGCGGGACCGCUUUGCGCGGAUGUGGCGGAAAGGCGCGGGGAGGAAGAGAUCGCGAUGCGCGGAUUGGGAACAGCGGAAUGCGCGGGAGGCGCUGAAGGAUUGGCGGCGGUUUCGGCGGCAGCGCGCGCGGUUCGGCUGCUGGUGAAGAGCAGCGACGCGAAUCGCAGCAUCGUGGCGGCGGUGCCGGGCGCCAUCGGCGCGCUCGUGGGGGUGGCGGACGCGCUGCUGCUGGCGGAGAGCGCGCGGAUCCGCGGAGCUGAGGGGCGGAAAGCGCGCGGAAGAAACGCUGCGGGCGAGGCGGAGAGGAGCGAAGGGGAAAGGCCAGUUGGGGGGACAGCGCGGGCUGUAGGUGAGGUGGAGCGCGGAGGUCGGUUGGGGACGGGGGGCGAGGAGAGCGCAGCAGCCUGCGGGGCGAUUGUGGCGGGUAGAGCAGAGGCGAACGAAGCCGAAACGGCGGAAAGGGCGGAGGCAGCGGAGGGGGGGGAGCAGGUGCGCAGGGCAGCGAGCGCGGAGAGCGCGCGUGAAGUAACGAGCGCAGAGAGCGCGCGGAGGGAGAGCGCGCGGGAGGCGGUGGGGCACGCGGUGACGGCGCUGCUGAACCUGUCACUGUCGCCCGCCACUCACGGCGCCCUGCUGGCCCAAGGCGCUGUGGACGGCCUCUCCCGCCUCGUUGCCCGCCCCUGCUGCCCCCAUGACUGUGAUGGCAGCAUUGGUGGUGGUGGUGAUGGAGAGAGGAGAAUGGGGGGUGGGUGCCAAGAGGCGCAUAGAGGCGGUGAUGAGGGGCCAGCGGGAUCAGCAGGGGUGGGUGGGGUGCUGUCAGUGGUGUCACAAGAGGCACGGGAGAAUGCAGCAGCUGCUCUCUUCAUGCUCACGUCGUCGCCCCUCCCCCACUCCCUCUCCUCUGCACACUCCACCUCUCUCUCCUCCUCCACCUCCUCUCUGACCGGCCCUUCCCUCUCCACCGCCCACCUCGCCCUCCUCCCCUCCUCUUCCUCUUCCCUACAAGAGGAGAACUCCCAGCCAUCCCUCACUGGAAAUCUCGCCUCAAAACCCAACCCGACUCCUCCUGAACCUCCCAGCACCGCUCUGAACCCCUUUGGAUGCGACCCGGACGCCAUGAGGCGGCGGGUGGCGGGCACGGCAGGCGCCAUCGCCGGGCUGGUGCACAUGCUGCCGCCCUCGCCCGCCCGCUCCCUGCGCAGCCGCAAGGACGCCGCCCUCACGCUCUUCAACCUCUCCCUCUGCGCUGACCUCGUGCCGGCCAUCAUCGCGACCGGCGCUGUUUGUCCUCUAGUGCGGAUGCUGGAGGAGGAGGAGGGGGGGAUGCGGCUGGGUUUAGAGGAGAAAGCAGCAGCCGUGCUGGCGAGGUUGGCGCAGGCCAAGGAGGGCAGCAGGCAGAUCGUUGCGGCCGGUGGUAUACCACCGCUGGUGGAGCUGCUGGGGGCGAGCAGCACGGCUCUGGGGGCCUCCCCAUCCAUGGCUUCUCUGGCAGAGCUGAGUGCCGUGUCAGAGGAAGGGGCGGGCGGGGGAGGUGCGGGGAGUGUGGGGUGUGUGGGGAGUGGCGCUGGGGAGCAGCAGCGGUGGAGAAGGGUGCAGAAGGAUGUGGGGGCGGUGCUGUUGAGAGUGGUGGAGGAGGAGGGUGCGCGGCAGGAGAUGCUGGAGGAGGGUGCGCUGCUGGUGCUGCGCAAGAUGAGGCACCGCGGGUCGUCAAGAGCCCGACUCACGGCUAACCAAUUGCUGGAUGCCCUGCAAAGCAAGACCGCACAUUAG